CAGCGGAGACCCAGUUGAUGUAGGUGUAGCACACGUCAGCAUUGUACUGCACACACAUCUUGUGGUUGGCAGUCGAGUAGCAGCUGUAGGUUAUCAUUCUUGGAAUGGGGUCCUGAUCUUGUUGCCCAGCCUUUCCGACUGUGUGCAUUCCAAUGCACGUCUACGCGACCGGCGCAAACAGCGUCGGGACAAAGCACCGGCCAUCCUUAUCCCACUCUUCGUCAUGGCCAUGCUGUUGCGCAUCGGCUCCAUGGAAGGACUGAGCGAUGCCUGUAGAAACGCGCUCGCAGGCAAGAGCCGCGAGGCGCGGAGGUAACACUGCUUAUGUCCUAAUAUCAAGGGCGGAGUGUGCUGACGAAGCCGUGGAAGACCACACUCGGGACGAUGAUAUCGACUCGCCACCACGCAACCUCAAUACCGCGAGGAAGAACGAAGUCGCGCCAAUUGAUGGAUCCUCCUCGAACCACGGAGCCGCUUCCGAGGGCGAAUCCAUUCUGUUGAACACGGGCCGUGCACAGUCUUGGCCUUUAGCAUCACGCACGCCGAGCUACCGAGGGCGAGCAUCUUCUUUGCCACGACCAGUUGCAGCCAGAAGCAUUUCCAGCUCAACAAACUCACGAUCAUCAGGCUCACCCGCGCCACCAGACUCUGAACGCUCCGACUACUCUGAGCGCACCCACUACUUGGACGACUCUGAUCGGUCGCACGCUGAGAAUGGGGACCUUGCGCCGGACACGCCAUCUCCUCUGUUUUCUGCAUAUGCGGCACUGCUUCUCUUGAUCGUGGUAUACGCCUUCACUUGCGCUUUUCCCGUCAGGGCCCGUAAUACAUCCGUUGCGCCACCAUGUCACGUCAUCGGCAACCCCAACUAUGUUGCGUCUUGCGCUGGAAUGGACGUGUCAAUGAGCCUGCUGUCAGGUGUCGUGAGGAACGCCCCACAACUGCUGUCCGGAUCCUUCUUUCAGACAGCGGAUAUAGGCAUGCACAGCCUGUGCCCCAGCGGGAAGCUGACUGGUGAUGCAUUCUGUGAAUGGAUCUAUUCGGAUGAGGUCCAGGCAGCCAGGCUGGAGCUGGAACUUGCGUACCGCAAGCUACACGGGAGGACGGUUUUGGAGAAGGAGAUACUCUUUCGCGACUCCUCCGUGUUGAAGUCAGUGUCGAGAAUAAGUAACCGAAGACAUUGGGUCCAGCAAGCUGUCGACCAGAAGGCACCACGCCUAGUCCGCCAACUGUAUAGUAUCUUCGGCUUGAGCCUGUCGCUGCAGCGUAUGCAGAACAACUUAUCGGCAGCCUGGUACGCCGUGCUGCAGGACAUUCGUUCCGAGCUCAGCCUCAUGAAAACGCUUGCCUGGGACAUUCGUCAUCACGCCAUUAGAUGCCGGACGGCUGCAAACACGCUCCUGACGCUUUCAGCAGCCCGUACUGGGCUACGCGACACCACUGUCGAUCCCAAGAUGAACACCGUUCUGAAAUACGUCUCGCAUGCCUCUCAGGAGGCGCAUAUGGUACAAGGGGCGACUUACGCCUUUGGUGCCUCCCUUGAGGCCCUCGAGGCCAUCUUGGACUGUUUCGAGCGCGAGUUACGUCGCUCUGCGCCCACGAACGAAAGCGACGAUAUGCCAUGGAAUGCUACGACUGCGUUCAUUGCCCUUAGCGAUUACGCAUUCGCGAAGUUAGUACCAGAUCUGUUCCCAAGACUUCAAGCCAACGUCUUUCGGCUGUCGAUCAAGCAAUGGGCGCUCGAGGAAUGGGGUCACUGCUUGCCAUUACAGUCGAAGAUACCAUUAACUCCUGCGGAGGUUACCACUGGCCCCGCCCUCGACGGUGGGCUUGGCUGUCCGACCUGCCCUUCUCGCUUCCUUCGCAAAUGGUACUCCGCCUUGCCUAACGCUUGGCACCCGCUACGAGACGAAAUGCUUCACCACGAUGUCCCGGUCUGGCCUGGUUUGUUCUUCGCCAGGCGGUUCGUAUGGCAGUCGGUUUAUGUACCUGGCGGCCCACCCAAGAUGACGAAGGUGCCAACGACAGCCGAGGAAUGGUCGAUGCACAUCAGGGCGCCAGUCUGCUUCGAUCUUACCAAAGCUGUAGAUCCCAACAACGGAGAGCAGGAUUUAGCGGAUGCAGUUGUUGGCCGGGAAUGCGGAGCAGUCGGUGGUGUCGCACUCGACCAAUGGUUCCGCAACGCAGGUUACGAGCGUAGAAAGUCUAGCGCUGCAGACUCUUAUAACGGCAGUGACUCUAGUGGAGUCUUCGUUCUAUACAUAUGAGAAGUAUGAUGUACUAUGCAGGCCUAUGGUUAGCUUACAUAGAGUAUCACAGCGGGAGAACAACGCUUGCGCCGUGGUUUCAGAGUAUCCUCUUUUGGCCGGC